CGGAUCCGAUAAAUAAUCCGGGUCGCACCGGUUUAAUCAGGAACUCCAAAACCCUAAUAUCCCAAAUUGUAAACCCUCGAUCUUCUUCUUCUUCUUCUCACUUUUAACAGAAGCAUCGACUCUCACUGGGAGGCAAAAAUGGCGUUGGGAUUAUUACUCGGAAUAGCGAGGGCCUACAGACGAAAACGAACAUCUUCACUCAACAUUCUCACUUCGAAAACAGGACCUCGUGAUUAUUACAAGGGGAAGAACUGUAAACCUACUGGCUUUCACACUCGCAAAGGUGGUUACGUUGUGGUGCAAGAGAAGUUGCCAAAUUAUGUGGUUCCGGAUUUGACCGAUUUCAAGUUGAAACCCUAUGUUUCCCAAGUUGCUAUCAACGCCAAUACGACGGAUGCCGGUGCUAGUAAGUGAAUUACACUUGCAGAGAUGUUUGGAAAGCUAGAAAAUAAGCUGGUUUAUUUUUCUGAUGAAUUCAUCGGAUUUAAUUAUGGGAUAUGAUGUUUUGAAUUUAUAUCAAUUUUUCUGAAGGUUUCCAUGAUGUUUUUUGAUGAUGAAAGUUAUAUAUAGACUAACAACACAAACUUUGAACAAGACUGAUAGGCAUUAUCAGAUUUAAUUAUGGGAUAUGAUGUUAUUUGGUUA